AUGUAUAAAACAAAUUUUUUUUUUUUUAAUUUAACUAUUAACCGUCUCCCGUAUGUUUACAUUAGUUGUUGAUUUUUUUAUCGAUGAUAACAUUUGGUAGUCAUAGAAAGGUCUGUGUUUAAUUUCCUUUUUUUUUCUUUUAUACUAUAUUAAAUUUAACUUAAAUGUGAUAUUUGUAAACUAAAAAUGUCUUGUAAUCAAGAUGAAUGGGAAUAUAUACCUGUAGAAACAGCUGAUGAAAUUAUGUUGUGCGGAGAUGUGGUUGAGAGUAAAAGUCUUAAAAAUUGGAAUAGAUGGCUUAAAAUAAGAAAACAACAGCAUAAACACCUUGGUUUAAUGGUAUGUCGUAGUUCUACAUCGUUGUUAAUGAAUAAGUCCGAUAAAUUCAGAUCAAAAGUUGAAUGUAAAUGGUUGGUUGAUGUAGCAUUCAAGUUAAAAGUAAACAAUGAAUAUUGUACUGAUUUUCCUUAUUCUGUAGCUAAAGAAAUAAAAAACUUUACUAGUAUAUACAUACCAGAUGUAAUACGUUUUGAGAAAGGAUUAUUAGGCAUUAGAAACGAUGCUCGUUUUGAUUUGCAAACACCUAAUAAAGAGAUACUUUAUAAUGAAUUAAAUACUUUAAAGAGUUUAAUACCUUUUAAAAAUCCUGAAAAAUUAGCUAUUAUUGGGGAAAAUAUUCUUAAGAAAUCUAUGGAACACAAAUUGUAUUAUAAAGGUACUAUUCCAUCAGUUUGUGUAGAGUCUACAGAUGCUACAGAUGAAAAAAGCAAUUGUAAUAUUGCACUGAUUUAUGUUAAAGUAAACGAUUUUAUAAUAAAAUCAAUUGAUGACAGCACUAUAUGUAUGACAACUAAGUUAAAAACAAAAUCAAAACCAAUUAAUAUCGUAAAAAUAAAUGAAGAUUCUUGGGAUGAGAUAAUAAUAGAAAACUGUAGUCAAAUAAGUAUCUGCUACAAAUGGAUAAAAGAAGAAUACGUUGCUACAAAAUAUGAUUACAUUUUAAAAGAAAAACCAAAAAAAUGUUUUUUUUUUGACACCAGGACAAAUAUUUUGGGUCCGGGUCAAAUUAAACACUUGACAGUUUUAUUCAGACCUACACAAACUGGGCCUCAUACAGAAUUGUGGUUUUUACAAUUAAAUAUUUUGGAAAAAUUAGAUCAUAUAGCAAGGAUCAAUGUACCUCUACAAGGAUGUGCUAUUUCCAAUGCUGACAAAAUUUCAUCUAUAAUAAAACUGCAAAAUACUAUAUUAUCUGAAAAAAUUAAUAGAUUAAGUGCUAAAUCAAUCAGCAAAGAUCAUCAGAAUGUAUUUUUGGAAGACAAGUCUUCUUUUAUUGAAAAAUAUCAUUACCACGAGGAAAAGAUGAAAUAUCUUUAUCAUGUAUUACAAGCAGAAAAUCUUAAAAGUAUUGAAGAACUUCUAAACCAGUGUAUGCGACUAAAAGAAUCACUUAAAGAAAAAUACUUAGAUUUAAUUAGUCAAACGGCUGUCACAUUGUUAAAAAAAGAAAUUAUUUUUGAACAUAGUCAGAUGGAUCAACAUGAAUUAAACGCACAUAAAAUUAUGUAUGUAACAAUGGAUUGUAUUGAUUUAAUAAUGAAUACUUACGAAUCUGAUCACGAUGAAGUCUGUCAAGAACUGUAUGAAAACACCGGUGAAAAUCAACCAAAAUUAAUAAACAAUUCAGAUAAUGAAAUAUCCGCUGUUGAUAUCACUACAAAACAAACAACUAAUAAUGCUACAAUAACCGAAGAAUGGUUUGAAAUGAUCAAACCCAUGAUCAAGAAACGGUUAGAAUGGGCUGUAGAAAGAAUAUCAGACUAUGAUAUCCUGUGGACAGAAUGUAAACAUGAUGAAAAUGCUAAUGGAAGUAAUGAGAAUAUAAAAGAUGAAAAUACAACAAAGAUAUUAGGGAUAGAAUCUUAUGAGCAUAACGAAUGUGGUCUUUCACUUGUGAGACAAUUUUUCAUAAAUAAAUACUUAUGA